AUGGGGCACUCACUUUCACGCGAGGUGUUUGCCGGCGAGUCUGGCCUGCAGGCUCGCGGCCGUGGGGGAGGGCGCUGGCCCGACGCGCGGCAGACGCCGCAGAAAUCCAAAAAGCAGCGACUGGGCAUGGUGGGAGGCGGCGCCGGCGGCUUCAACAGCUACAACGAGCAGCAGCACGCAUGGACGAUCAGCCAUGGUGGAGCCUCGUCGUCGCAGCCGAAGGCGGGGGCCUCUGGGCACGUAGCCAGCCCGACUGGCGGCGAUGCUAGGAGCGGCGGCGGUGCAGGGAACGACAACGUAGCACAUGGGUGA